UUCGCUGGUCCUUUACCAGACAAUUUGAUAGCGAAACUUCAGGGGAUGAUGAGUGCACAAAUUGGGAAAGAGCCGCAAGACAAAUCAUUGUACAUGAGUCGGACGUAUGGUUUCAUGACCUAUGAGGAUUCAGUGAAAGUGAUCAUGAAAGGAAACGAGAUUCAACUAGUGAGGUUCUUGACCAUCUUCACAACCUUCGAUUUAUCACUCAACUCUCUUGAAGGAAACAUCCCGGAUGUUAUUGGACAUCUCCAUUCUCUCAUAGGGCUCAACCUUUCACACAAUCACCUCAUGGGUUCCAUUCCUCCAACCCUUAGAAACUUGACUAAUCUUGAAUUGCUAGAUUUAUCUUCAAACAAGCUUAGUGGGAGGAUUCCUAGAGAACUGGGAGAUUUGACAUUCCUCAAGUGUUUGGAUCUCUCAAACAACCAUCUCAUAGGCCGCAUAACUCAAGACAAGCAACUAAGCACAUUCAUGAGCGACUCAUUUCGUGGAAAUUUGGGCCUAUAUGGAACCCCAUUACAAAACACAAGCCAUGAUGAUGCUCAACCUCCUCCGCCACCAUCGUCGUUCUUCUAGGAGGAUGGUACAAAAGAGUAGGCAAGGUGGUUUAAUA